UGGAGGAAAAAUAAGAAGCAGCUGCCUCCAAGCGUGAGAUUUUGGGGUGUGCGUCAGAGUAAGGGAUGCUUGAUAGCAAAACGUCUCGCCCUGGUUCCUGCCUGGGGAGCUGCAAUGUCAAGUGAAAUAACCUUCCAGGCUGCCUUUGGUGCAGAGGUCCUUUGGCUUAUGGUAUUGCUUUCUGUCUGGUGAGCUGUCUGCCUCCUUGUAUGCCUGAUCUCAGGCUUUCUUUGCUCCUUUUAUUUUUAUUUUUUUUUUCUCCUCGGGCUGGGAUGUGCUCUGCCUUUAAUGCAUCAGGAAGCCACACGCAAUGAGGAAACUCUCAUCAUCUGUGCAUCAGGGCGAAUUACUGACUGAGUGCUGAGCAGUCACGGUAUUGAUUCAGACCGUAGCCCAGCCUCUCCGCCUGCCGCUCGGCGUGGCUGGGUGCAUCCUUCUGGUUCGCCGCAUAUAAUCGGCUUCCCAGAGCUGCCAAGCAGGGGGGAGAGUUGGAACCAAACCCAUCUACAAUGUUUGCUUCAAAAUCCAGCUCUGUGUCCCCUUCUCCAUCCAUGGACCAGGCAGAUUCGGAUGCUCUGGACAUCAGCACCAAAGUGCAGCUGUACGGCGUGCUCUGGAAGAGACCCUUUGGGAGGCAGUCGGCCAAGUGGUCCAGGAGGUUCUUCAUCAUUAAGGAGAGUUUCCUGCUCUACUAUGCUGAGAGUGAGAAGAAGAACUUUGAAAGCAAUAAAUACUUCAAUAUCCACCCCAAGGGUGUCAUACCCCUGGGGGGCUGCAUCGUGGAACCCAAAGAAGAGCCCAGCAUGCCUUAUGCCAUAAGGAUCUCUCAUGAAGACUUCCAUGGUAACAUUGUUCUAGCAGCCGAGUCAGAGUUUGAGCAGGCUCAGUGGCUGGAGAUGCUGCAGGAGUCUGGAAAAGUGACCUGGAAGAAUGCCCAGCUGGGAGAAGCUAUGAUCGAGAGCCUGGAAGCCCAGGGACUGCAGCUGGCCAAGGAGAAACAGGAAUAUUUAGAUAAGCUGAUGGAAGAGACAGAAGAGCUGUGUCUGCAGAGGGAGCAGAAAGAGGAACUGGAACGCCUGAACCAGGUUCUGGAAGCGGAGAAGCACCGGUUUGAAGAGGUGGUACGGGAGCUGCGGCUGGAGCAGGAGCAGAUCAAGAGGGAGCUAGAGCUCACGGCCCGCUCCCUUAAAGGAGUGGAGGAAGAAAAGAAAGAGUUGCGAAGCCUGACAGAGUCCUUACAGAAAACCCUAGAGGAGCUUUCCCUGGAAAAGCAGCAAAUGCUGGAGAUGAUGGAAGAAAACGAAAGCCAGUUCCCACCUCCAACCAGCCCUAGCAAGGAGCAAAGCCCCAGCUGGGGACUGCACUGCAGCCUGCGACAGAUUGAAGAGAAGAUGCAACAGCUUCUGGAGGAGAAACUCCUGGCAGAGAAGAGGAUGAAGGAGAACGAGGAGAGGUCCCGAGCUCUGGAGGAGGAGCGGGAGUUUUACUCUUCCCAGUCACAGGCGCUGCAGAACUCGCUCUCAGAGCUCACCGCAGAGAAGCAGCAGACAGAGAGGGACCUCAAGGCUGAGGUGAAGGUGCGCAUGGAUCUGGAGAAGAGACUGAGGGAAGCUGAGGAAGCGUUGCAGCGCUUGGAGCAAGGUUUAAAUUCUUUGGAUCGCAACAAGGAGAAAGAGGAGAAGAUGAAAGCAGAUGUCAGUCAUUUGAGAAAGUUCUUUGAAGAGUGCAUCCGCAAUGCUGAGCUGGAGGCCAAGAUGCCCGUGAUCAUGAAGAACUCAGUGUACAUCCACAAGGCUGCCACUCGCCGCAUAAAGAGCUGCCGCCUUCACCGCCGGAGAACCAGCACUUCGUGGAAUGACUUGAAGCAGUCCCAGUCCUUCAUCUUCUCACACGCGGAAGCUGAAAACAUUGAGGAGCUGAAGGAGGCAGCCAAAAGACUGAGCCGGCACCAGCACUUCCGCGAGACUCUCUACCAAAUCAUGAGGUCACAAAAAGAUUCAGCUUCAGGGGACGAAAAGUGACUCUUGCUGGGAGGGGACUUCUGAUCUCAACUUGCCAUUCAGCUCUGCAAAAGCUAAGCCAUCAGGCACUAGGGUCAGAAGGGAGAUAUGUCCUUUGGUGAGGAAGGUGAGGGGAAGUUGUGUGUAGGCAAUUCCUUCAGUUAGUGGCUUUGCUUUACUUUGGAUGCUCCCCGUAGCCUGGCAGACCUUCCUUGCUGAGCACUGCUGAUCACAUCUCUUUGCUUCAGCUGCUUAUGUUAAGCCACAUUUUGCUAAGAUACCACGGCCGGCGUGACAGUGACCACCGACCUUAGCUUAGGAAGUGCCUCUUCUUUUCUUUCCUGCUUAGUCUGCCUGCCUGACACGAGUGCUUCUGAGAAACCCGUUGUUAGCCCGUGGUCCAGCUGGAGCAGCCACGUGAGUCGGGCAGAGCUUGCCCCGUUUUGCCUGAUCUCUGCUAGGAACUGACUCGCUGAGCACCCCUGCUCAUCAGCACUUCCAUGGGGCAUGCUUCAUGGCACACUUCCUGAAGACUGCAGCAGCCCCAGCCUCCCAGGCACAGGCUGUAAUAUCAACCACGGGGCAAUCUCCUGAUGCAGCAACAUUUCAAGCAAGCGGUAGCAGCGCAAGGUGAAGGCAACCUGGGGAUGCUGUGGAUUUGGCUCCAAGAAGAAUCACGUGCAAAGUAGAUCUUAUAGGUAUCUCGGCAGCAUUGCUGCAAGCUGGAGGGAGGGUAAUGCUGUGCUGGCUGUGGUUACAACAUCCCAGGGCCAGCUUUGCACUUUUUGCACUGGAACAGCUGGCUGUGUUGCUGCUGGGAGGAGGAGCACAGCUGUGUACGGAAGGUGCUAUCUACAGGCAAGUUCAAUGUGUAGGAGUCUUUGACUCAGCUCUGGUGGCUUCCUCAUCACCUCUGGAAAACAAGCUUCAGGACAGGUGGAUGAGGACUGUCCAGCAAUGAAACCUGCUACCACUUUUCAACUUAAAUGCUGUCAGCAGCAGGAUGUCAGGGCAGUGCAGCUGUGGGGAAAGCCACCUCUGUGUGGGCUGCAGUGAAUGGUCUGUACCCAGGGCUUUGUACUGCUCUCUACCAGUUCUCUUAGUUGCAGUCUGGGCUAUCUUGGUUCAGCCUGGGCCUCCAGCAAGUCAAGGGUGGAAUGGGAGAGUCCCUGUGGGCAGCUUGUUCAGAGGUGGGCUUCUGGUUGGCCUCUGUGCGUUCCCAAGUGCUCACCACGAGGUUAUUACAGGGGAGGAUUUGGCCUGCAGGUGGUUAUCUUCUGUGUUACAGAAGAGGGAUGGCUUUGCUGUGCAAACUUUACGGCCUCUCCCACUACUCCUUUUUGCAAGUAGCUGGCUAGUAAUUAUCUGUGCUAUAGUAUCAGCACUGCUUAGUGCUUACAGAGCCCGUUGAAGCACACUCAGUCACGCUUAUCCCUGUGACAUAAAUCAGGAAACAAAGUCAUAAAAGAUACAAAGGUGAUGAAUCUAGCAGUAGAGGGGCUUGGGAAUCUUAAGUGCAGGUUUACUGGGGUUCUCAGGACUGUAAUGCUCACCAGUUCCCCUGGGUAUUACACGUGCCCUCUGUGCCAAGUGACACUGGGCCAGCUGCUAGCCUGCCCUGUGUGGGCUGUGACACAGGCCAAUCCCAGGCUGUGCUUCUGGCCACCAAAUUCAUUCCCUACCAAUCCAGAGCUCUUUUUCCCCUUUGCACUGCCCUAAUAUCAUCUCUGGCUAUUUUCCAGUUACAAGUUCUUUGUUGUGUGGUGCUGGAAGGUACAGGCAAAAGUACAGCCAAAGAAUGCAUCUGCAACCCAGGCAGUUAGGAAAAUCACCCAGUGGCUUGUGAAUGCAGCCCCUUUGGUCUAUUACCAUCAAAUGCCACAAUAUCAGAAUUUACACAAUUAUUGUACUCAGGAGGUGGCCACAUUGGGUCUUCCUUUACCCUGCAUAUUGACAGCAAUAAAUAAAUAAAUAAAAGUUAUGCGGAUGCUAGAGUGAAUUCCUGCGUGUUCUUGACACACCAUUACUGAAAUGACGUUAAAUUGCCUCUGCAGGAGUUGAGACAAAUCGCCGUGACACACAUUUACUGCCAGGGUACUUGCUGUGCUUCACUGCGUUGCUGUACAUGCUGAACAUCACCUCCAAAAGGACUGUACGUAAAAUGCUUUCGUCCUUGCCACCCGCUUCCACCUUAUUUACUAUGUUGAGCCUCUGCACUUUAAAAUGUGUAUAGCAUUAAAGGCAGGAUGUAUCAAAGCUAAAGCAAAAAUCUGUUUGCUUACCCAAAGCCGGCGG